AUGAUUUCUGUUCAUAGGAGGUUGCCAGAUUCUGUCGGAAACUGGUUGGAGAACUUCAACGGGACGCUGCCAGAAAUCAGUGUCAUCAUCAUCUUCUACAACGAGGCUUGGACUCCACUACUGAGAUCUGUACACAGUGUCAUCGACCGGACCCCUGCUCAUCUACUGAAGCAAAUCAUCCUGGUAGAUGACAAUUCGACUUUUGAUUACCUAAAGGCGCCCUUGGAUAAAUAUUUCCGCAAGUAUCCUGUUGUAGAAAUUAUACACGCCACCGGAAGACUUGGUUUGAUCAAAGCCAGACUUGUUGGAUUUGAAGUCUCAGUGGCACCUGUUGUUGUGUUCCUCGACUCGCACACUGAGUGCUUUCCAGGCUGGGUGGAAUCAAUGCUCAUUCGCAUCUCCAGGAACCGCAAGUCCGUGGUGUUCCCACUGAUACAGGCGAUUGAUAAAGACACGUUUAAAGUGAAAUGCGCUAGACACCCAACGUUUUAUUGUGGUUUCAGUUGGACAUUUCUGCAGCUGCAGUGGAUGCUCAUCCCAAGAAGAGUGUUCAGUGUGAGGCAAGACGAAGCGGAUAGCAUCAAAUCUCCCACUAUGCCAGGCGGGCUGUUUGCCAUCCAUCGAGAAUUUUUCAAAAAGCUAGGCACCUACGACCCUGGAACUUGCCGUACCUGGAUGUGCGGUGGAUCGCUGGAGAUGGAUCCAUGUUCUAUGGUGGGUCAUGUGUUCCGCACUCCGAACCCACACAGAGCGCAAAUCCCUCUAGAAGUUGUCACACGCAAUACACAGCGGGUUGCCGAAGUCUGGAUGGACGAUUACAAAAACUACUACUAUGAACGGAACAAUUAUCAAUUUGUAGAUGUGGGAAACGUUACAGACCGUCUGCAGUUACGAGCCAGACUCCAGUGCAAGAGCUUUGAGUGGUACCUGAAAAAUAUCUUCCCAGAACUGUCCUAUCCUCACAACAUGACCUACGUUGGACUGAUCCGAAGUAAAAUUGACUCAAGAUGCAUCAUAAACACGCUGGACGACAAGACAUCGGUAGACAGAGCCAUGCUCUAUGACUGCAAGGAACCUACAGUUUCCCACGUCUGGUAUAUGGGUGCGCCAGGUCAGAUCCACCAAGAUAAGGUCUUUUUAUGUGUCGACGACCGUGUGGUUGUCCUUCGUCAGAUCAAAUGCCAAGAUUUACACCCACAAUGGCACUAUAAAGAGGAGAAAUGGCUCUACCACAUACAUACUGGACAGUGUCUCACCAUUGCUGCCGACAGUCGCCUGUUCGUGUCCCCCUGCACCAACAGUGGGCUACAGCUGUGGCACUUUCAGAGACGAAGAUCGGAUCUCAGAUUUCCAUCAUAUUUGUGA